GAGAACGGCAGUAACGGGGCUUCUCAUUCGGCAGGAAGUAAAUUUGGGAAUUCUAGGUCAGAGUUGAAGCAAGUGGGACGUUGUGUCACAUUAAAUCAACAGACUGUAACUGCAGAUUUCUGUCCAUCUAUUAGCCAUAAAACAAGUGUUACAGUAACGGUAGCCUAGCCUAGAGGGAGAGUAACGGGAGGGGGCAGUGAGAGGAGGCCGGGGGAUGGAAAGGUGAAUGUAGCACUAUAUUCCAUUCUGCCGCAGCCUACCGGACGGGGGGGUUACUGCCGUGGAGCCCGAAGCUUGACGCGGGACGUUUUUGGUCUCGAGCACCGCGGAUUUACUCCAUCUGGCACGCGCAUGAUAAUAUAAAUGAAUAUGGAAUGAUAACGACCGACGGCGUGAGAUGGGCAGGCGUUGACAUCAGCUUUAAUUUCCCCCGGUGGCGGCUCCGCUUCGAAAUGUGAUGCACUUUCGCUGGCGUUUCUCCCUGCGGAGCUUAUUUUCCGGAGCCUCAACUUUUCUGGCGUGUCAUCAUUUGUGGAGUUUAGCGCGGCGGAGUCAUCCGAGGCGAGCAGAUCUGUCUGAUCCGUGGAUCCUGUGAAACAGCAGCAGCGGCAGCAGCAGUAGCCCAGGAAAUGCAGCGUUUCUCUCUCCUAACCCGGAGCUGCUCCACUGACUUAGCGGGACCCAGCGAGUAGAAAUGUGCUGGAGCAAACGGCGAGCCUCGGGAUGUUUGUGGGCUGAUUCAGCUGCUUCUCAUCAGCAUGAUGCUUUCUCCUCUCUCUCUGUCUCAGGAUGAGUUCCAUCCGUUCAUUGAGGCUCUGCUGCCGCAGGUCCGUGCCUUUGCCUACACAUGGUUUAACCUCCAGGCCAGGAAGAGGAAGUACUUCAAAAAACAUGAGAAAAGGAUGACCAAAGAAGAAGAGAGAGCCGUCAAAGACGAGCUGUUGGGGGAGAAGGCAGAGGUGAAGCAGAAGUGGGCCAGCCGCCUUCUGGCCAAGCUCAGAAAGGACAUCAGACCUGAAUGCAGAGAAGACUUUGUCCUGUCCAUCACUGGGAAGAAAGCUGCAUGCUGUGUCCUGUCAAACCCAGACCAGAAAGGCAAAAUGAGACGCAUAGACUGUCUCCGACAAGCUGACAAGGUGUGGAGGUUGGAUCUGGUGAUGGUCAUCCUGUUCAAAGGAAUCCCGUUGGAGAGCACCGACGGCGAGCGGCUGGUGAAGGGAGGCCAGUGCUCCAACCCAGUGCUCUGUGUCCAGCCACGACACAUCUCUGUCUCCGUCAAAGAGCUCGACCUCUACCUCGCUUACUACGUCCAGGAGAGAGAGGCAGAGCAGAGCAGCAGUCCCAGUCGUACAGGAGUGGGUUCUGAUCAGGAGGACAGUCGCACCGCCACCAUGGAUGGUCCAGAGUUCCAGGAGAGUUUCGUGACUUCAGGAGUUUUCAGUGUCACUGAGCUGGUCCAUGUUUCAAGAACUCCAGUCGUCACAGGAGUAGGACCCAGUUUCUCCAUGGGUGAGCUCCAGGGUCAUCUGGCCUAUGACCUCAACCAGUCUGCCAACCAGCCAGUCAGCCUGAGACGAUCACUGGCCAGCACCUCAUCCAGCGGGAGUAAGCGUCAUAAGUCUGGCUCUAUGGAAGAGGAGGCAGACAGUCCAGGAGGGGAGUAUUACCACUCACCGUCCUCCCCUGCCAGCAGCUCCAGGAACUGGACUGACGACAUGGAAGGAGGUCUGUCUCCUCCAGUGAAGAAGGUAGAGCUGGACAGUCCCUCUCCCCAGGAAGACUCACCAAGACUGGGCUCCUUCACUCAGCACCAUCGGCCAGUCAUAGCUGUUCACAGUGGUCUGUCUCGGAGUCCCCACCCCUCCUCGUCUAUUCAUUUCCCGCCCUCGUCCUACUUCCCCCACGGAGCAAUCCGCUACCCUCCUCACCUGGCCCAGGACCCCCUGAAAGAUCUGGUCUCAUUGGCCUGUGACCCUGCCAAUCAAAGCCCCAGUUCGCUGAAUGGCAGCAACCAGGUCAAAGUGCCCAGUCACUACAUCUCCUCUCAGAUGUUGGCCCCUCCCCCGUCCCCCCUCUCCAGGCCUGCAGACUCAAAGGCCACGCCCACCUCCUCUGAUGGGGGAGCAAACUCACCCACAUCACCCACAUACUCGGCCCCUGGGACCCCCCCUGCCAAUCGCACCUCCUUCGUUGGAGUCACCCCCCGAGACCCAGGUGGACUCUACCAAGCCCAGUCUUGGUAUCUGGGCAACUGAGCGACCUGUGGAGGAAGGCUGACUGUCAUAGCAGUACUGUGCUGGAGGACAGGAAGCAGUGUGGUCCAGACAUUGCCAGAGGGAAAAUCUAUUCAUCUUUGUAAAAGUGUGCUCAUACAUCUAUAUAAAUAUCCAGUGGGAUAUAUUUCUAUAUUUGUAUGAACCCAGAAGAGACAGCUAUACGGAGGACAGAACGAGUUUUGCCGCGAGACACUAAAUGCUUCUUCCAAAUGUCCUGACCUGAGCUGUGGUGUUCCAGUGAGCUGAUGUCUGGUUGGUCCAGAUGAACUGCAGACCAGAACCAGGCCUCAGCACCCUGUUCCUACGGUAACCCUAGUGUAUUUCCUGGGAUGGCUGUACCUGGGUCUCUUCACUACAUCCAGUAAAUGCCUCCUCUCAGACCCAGACCUCACACCUCCCCCGCUCAACACCCAGAAUGCCCCUCUCCGCUGCAGGUGCUGCUUAUAAUAUAUGCAAAUAAGCCUCCCUUAUUUUCUGAAGCAACUAGAAAGAGAUCCUGUUGUUGAUUUGUAAUGUUUCUUUGCACUUUUGAAUGUGUUAUGGAUCGUCUGAAGAAUUCUUUUCUCUCUUCCCACCAAAAGACAGAGGCUUUUGUCUUUUUUAUUGACAAUCAUCAGCCUGAAACAAUUACGUUGCUUUGCUAAGCUCAUGUUUUUAAGACUGUUUGAUUGUGCUUUUUUAUCCGAAAACAAUGAGUCAUAGUGGAAUAUAAGAGCUAUAUCCAUGUCCCUCCAAUACAACACACAAUGCUACAGCUGGAAACCAGGGAAGAGUCGGGACAUCUUUUUAAUAAUCCUGCUGCUUCUUUCUCUUCAGAUAGCACUUAUCCAAGCAGCCAGAGACACCUGUAGCAUGAUGUGUGUGUGUGUGUGUGUGUGUGUGUGUGUGUGUGUGUGUGUGUGUGUGUGAGAGACGUCCCUGCUCUGUUCUAAGGAGAUUGUGUUUGGGGGUUUGUACUUGUGUGUAGGUUGAUUAGAGAGAGAUUUAGCAGCGUUGCACUAUGAGAAGGUAAAGAUGUUACCUAGCUGUCAGUCUGCGGUGUGACAGCAGGUCUUGUGCAUGCUGACUUGAACUGAGCACAAAAUCCAGGUUUCUUGUCCAGAAGGCGACACCUGACCAGUCUGUGGAGUCGCGUUGAUGGUUAAGCACUGGCAACACGAAAACAAAUCGAUGAUUUCGAACCAGUCGGUUGUU